AUGAAAACGGACGCCAAAAGGGCUCGGCUCUUGGCCCAGUAUACACACAAGAAGCUUCUGAAGGAGGAGAAACAAACUCUUCUAGAGGGUCUGGCAAAUGAACACAAAAAAAGAAAGGAACUUUUGGCAAAGUACGAGCUGCAAAAGAAAAACAUUUCUUCCAGCUCUGUUUCUUCAAAACGUGCAGUUAGAGAGGCUCUUUACACUAAAGCCAUCGAGGAGACACAUAUUGAAGACAAUAGGCAAAAUUGUUUCAAACAAGAAUUAAUAUCUCACUCUUCUUUGGAGGUAGAGCGUGUUUCAUCCUCUGGCGAAGAUGAUUGGGACGGAUUUCUUGAUCCUCCAAAAGAGAUAGUAGAAAAAAACAUCCACGAUCCGCAAGAUUUUACCGCGGGUAGCGCUCCUCUGACAGGGGCAUCCCUUUUUAGGAUCUUUAAUCGUUUGCCUAAGGUUGAGGAGGACCGUUCAAGUUUGCCAAUUUUGUCAGAAGAACAGUCGAUUGUGGAGAUGAUUAGAUACAAUGACAUCUCUUUUAUUUGCGGAGAGACCGGCUCAGGAAAAACAACUCAGCUUCCACAGUUUUUAUUGGAGUCCGGAUUUGCUGACCCAUCUUCUUCUCUUUUUCCUGGAAAGAUCAUUGUGACACAGCCACGUAGGGUGGCUGCAAUGUCAAUGGCAGCUAGAGUAGCUCAUGAGCUUAAUGAAGAAGGUAUCGUGGGCUAUCAAGUCCGCUACGACAGCACUCAAAACACAGAGGCAACACGGGUGAUUUUCAUGACUGAUGGCAUUCUGCUUCGUAUCAUCGCAAACGAUUUCCUACUCUCUGCUUAUUCGGUGAUUAUCCUUGAUGAGGCGCAUGAAAGGAGCGUAAAUACAGAUCUAUUGCUUGGUCUGCUGACAAGGAUCGUCGCCCUGAGAAGAAAAAAAUUUGACCAAGUACAGGGCUCCCAGGGUACUCCUUUGAAGCUUGUCAUCAUGAGUGCAACGCUUCAGAUGGAAGAGCCGGAGCUUGAGAACGAAAAAAAAGUAGCAGACUUGGUUCAACAGACUCCUUCGAUGUCUUUAUCUCCUCAAUCUACUCUUUUCCGUGGAUUAGCUCGACCACCGCCGUUUAUUGAUAUUCCCUCACGCCAGUUUCCCAUCCAUAUCCAUUAUUCGAAAAAAACACCGACGGAUAUGCUAUCCGAAGCAUAUAGGAAAGUUCUUCAAAUCCAUAAGAAGCUGCCUGCAGGCGGUAUUCUUGUCUUCGUUACAGGCCAGGAUGAGGUAUGGUCGCUCAUAGACCGAUUGCGUGGUAACAAAACUCGGAAAGGUGAUCGCCCCACUGUUCUUCCAGAAACUAUCAAUGACCCUCUUUCUAUGGAUGACCGGGAUGAUCGUUCCGCAGAGCCCGAAUACCACUCCAUUGUUGAUGCGAAUAAUACAGAGAACAAUGACCGUCAUGGCAACGAGUCUGAGGAUAUUAGUGAAGACGAGGAGCUUCAUCCAAGGAUGUUACCACCAAUGCGUGUGCUACCAUUCUAUUCCUUGCUACCGUAUGCAGAGCAGGAAAAAGUGCUUACCGCCUCUUGCUCCCUGAAUGAUUCUGAGCGCCUUGUAAUUGUCGCUACCAAUCUUGCGGAGACAUCUCUCACCAUUCCUGGAGUUUCUUAUGUUGUUGACACAGGGCGAGUCAAGCGGCGCACAUUUGAUGGAAAUGGCGUAGAAAGCUAUUCGACGUCUUGGAUUUCCAAGGCGAGCGCAAGACAACGAGCUGGUCGGGCUGGAAGAACCGGUCCAGGACACGUUUACCGACUCUAUUCUAGCUCUCUUUUCGAGGACCUUUUUGAUGACUUUGACACUCCAGAGAUCCUUCAUAUGGUGUUGCAAAUGAAAGCUAUGAACAUUGAUAAUGUGGCCCACUUUCCCUUCCCCACUGCGCCAGAUCCUGUCAAAUUGGAGCAAGGGGAGCGACUUUUGCUGCUGCUUGGUGCGCUCUCGACGCCUACAGCGGUGGUUACUGAGAUUGGUCGAGGGAUGGCACUCUUUCCGGUGCCUGAUUGUCGGUGCCGUUCAGCUGGGAAACUCUUUGCUGCUAAGAAGCGUCUUAGACUUGGCCUCGAUUCUUUCCGUGGAAAGUCCUUUUAUUGCUGGAAAAUCCCGCGAGACCAUUUUCGGACUUGUUUUUGUAUUUACAUCUUUUUCAAGGCUUUUCAAAGCUAUCAUCCCGAAACGAGCAGCGUUCAUUUGUCACCCGGUGCCACCUCAAUGAAAAGGUUAAGAUCUCAGCUGGGAACAAUAAUUUCUCGCUCUUUUGUCAAGGCAGAUGCCCUUGAGCCGACAAGCGAACCAAUUUGCCCCAAAGAUGUCAACUCCAUUUGGUCCCAGCUGAUUUCUUUGUUUCUCUUGGCACAUCCGGACUGCAUUGCAAAGCGGGUCUCUUCCCCGGGCAAAAUGCCCGUUUUUUUGCCUGUAGGCCUGGCAACAUGCUCUACAAUUAGACUGACCUCUCCCAUUUCUACAUGGAUCUCAUUUAUCACAAUGCCAAACGAAAAAAACGAAGCUCAAAUUUGCAAGGCCAAGCCAGAUACAUCGUCGAUAUUUUCUACAGCUUCUUUUCGGAAUAAGAAGCUCGGUGGGUGGUUCGUUUAUGGACGGAUCAGGCAGCAUCUUGAUACAGAUAGGAUGGGCGUAGGGAAGAUCUCCUUAUCCAUACUUUCUGAAAUACCGGAUCCGACCUUACUUCCCGAGCAUCUGCUGAAGCUAUUUUCGUCAAAUAAAUUAACUUAA